GAGGGCGGGAGAUACUGCCACUAGAGACUGGCAAUGAAAGGAAUAAAAGAAAGAUGCCUUGAUUAAAAAAGAUUAUUACAUUACCUAACAGCCAAAAACAUGGCAACUCUUGUAAGGACCAGAUCAUCCAAGCCACUGAGGCAACUUGGAGAGCUCCUCCAGGAACAGCAAGAGCCUUUCAUCUUAGAGGUUUACCUUUCAGAAAGAGGGUGCUGCCAUGGCAAUUCAGGCAAGUUUUUGGACAAGUGUGGCAGUCAAAACAAGAGCAAGAAGAAGCGCAUUUCACACUUUCCCAAGGUACUUAAGGCUUUGCUAUGCAACAAGUUGUUUAAAAUUAAAGGCGUAAAAACCAAGAAUUCCGAUGAUGAAGAAACUGAAGACGCAGAUAGAUUUUCCUCAGCCAGCAGUGCAACAAUGUAUAAUUCAUGCUCAGAUAGUGAUGUAGAAUUAGAUGAACCACCGAUGUUUGCUGAUACUUCCAUGUCUGACCUAAAACUCUACCAUGAAACAGGAAAGAAGGCUGCUGCAGAUACAGAGUUUGAAUGGAGAUGCAUGGAAGAACAAGUAUCUACUUCAACAAGCAGCUGCCCACUCGAUAAUUCAAGACAACAAGUUUCCGGUAAAAGGCUGUUCUGGUCCAAGCUAAUAAAGGAGGACUCAAUAUUGUCAGCUUGGCUCUUGAAUUUACUUCUUCAUCACAGACAAGAAAAAUCGAGUUGUGUAGGAUUCAAACAACUUAAAGUGCCUCACUGGUCUACUUCUUCCCGGCCAUCGUCCAUGUCGAAGAGGGUUUUGCAACAAGCAAAACAGCUUCUCUUUGACUGUGUUAGGGAGUUGGUGGAAAAUAACCAUGACAAGGAACAGAAAGGGAAAAGUUUUAAAGAAUCUGGUGAGGAGAUUAGGAAGGUUAGAUGUGAGAAUAUGAAGGGAUGGGGAAAACGAUGUGGAGAUGGAUCCAACAUUAAGCAAUUGUUGGAGCUGGAUAUAAUUAAUUCAACCCAGGAAUGGAAGAAUGGUUGUGAAUCCCAGAAGAGGGAUGUGGGGAUAGUAAUUGGAAACGCUAUUGUAGAGGAGAUUACAAGUGAAGUUGUGAUGGACAUCAUGAAUGUCCUAUAGCUAAAAUGUGAUUUGCUUGCUUGCUUGUUUCAAAAUUUAAUUAUUUAGUGCAGUUUCAGUUACUGUUCAAAUGUAAUUGUCCCUGUCUUUUCUUUUUAGAUUUGUUCCAUUACAGAUAUGUACCUAACAAGUUAGAAAAAAGAAAGAAAAGUUGAUCCA